AUGGAUUUGCAGUUUCCGCACUGGUUCGAAGAUGACGAUGCCGAGAGACCGAGAUGGGACAUGGAUAAGCUUACGCAGAGCUGGCGUCAACGCAGUCGGCCCUCACAAGAAGCUUCCAACGGACAGUCGAUUGACGAACAGUUCUGUGGGGCACUCGACGACUGGGCCUCCCAGGAGACGUCGAUGAAUGUUGGCAUCUCCUUACGCAGCAGUUGCACGAGCAGGCCCUCAGAUUAUUUGCACGUGAACCUCAGGAUUUUCGUCCAUGGCCUCAAGCAGCAGACGCGCAAGCAGCGCCCUACGAUCGUACCGCUCUUGAGCAGGAGUGCCAGGGAUUUGUUCGGCAACUCCGUGGACUUCGACGCCGCCGCCGGCUUGGGCGCCGACGCCAGCGGUCUCGCGCCUGACGCGGAGCUCGCGCUCUCGCAGGGUACCGCUGCGAUUGAGGAUAUGCAGGCAGUCAGGGUCCCCAAGGGCAACGGGAAGCUUAAGUGCCAGGCGGAGCGCGUGAUCCACCCCCUCGACACCAUAGAUGACAGCGCCCGCAUCGGAGUGCUCGGCCGCGACCGCCCUGAUCUUGAAGCGGCGCGCAAGAUUCAGCUCUGGGACGAUGGUCUCACGAGAUACGCGCAGAACAGUACCGAGCUUGCCCAGGGCGUAGCCCGCUUGGAGAUGAGGCCAGAGGACAGCUCACUGAACACGCGGCUCCCGAAGAUGGAGUUGACGCAGGCGCAGCUGGCGGCGAGGGCUUCGGAGGGGCCCGAAUCGAAGAAAGGGCGAGCAGGAGGGGCACGAGACCAGACGCAGGUGCACCAGCGGCCAGCGGCGCACGCGGCCAAGGCGGCGGCGGGGCUCGAUUUGCAGGGGCAGAGGACUCAGGGCGCCCUGACGACGGCGGCGCUGGCGCCGCCCGAUCACCCACAGUUGCUGGUCGCGCAGGAAGGAGGGCGAAAGUUCAACGAGGCGAAGGAAGCGGCGAAGGCGGCGGGAAACCAGAAUGCGCUGCAGGAUUUGAAGUGGGCGCACUUGCAGAUCUGGAUCGCCCUCUGCCCGGCCGCGACGGGCGACCCGAAGAUUCCCGACGAAAAAUGGCCGUCCACGUCGGAGCGGCAGGGGAGCCUGCUGUGCCCGCCGCGGAAGCCGAGGCAGCUGCGCACGACGGCUGUGCUGCUGCAGGGAGAGCGCCCCCCGACCGAGCGCUGGGAAGAGGCAAGCACGCCCGGUGCCGCGGCAGAGCCGGGGGGCGCCGCCCCGCUGGAGGAGGCCGCGGCUUUAGAGGAGCCCGCCACCGGGCAGGCCGCCGCCGCGGAGGAACCCGCCCCCGGGCAGGCCGCCGCGGCGACCAGGAUCCAGAGCGUGCAGCGCGGCAAGGUCGCGCGGCGGCAGGCGGCGGAGCGGAGGGCCGCGCGCGAACGGGAGGGGGCCGCAGCUGCAGCUGCGGCGGAGCCGGCGGAGCCGGAGGUUGCUGUGGCCGAAGGGGGCCCGGAGCAGCCCGCGCCCACGGGGGCGGAGGGGGCCGACCCCACGGAGGGCGCCGCGAGCGGGGCGACGGCGCCCGCCGCGGAGGAGGGAGGCGCCGACACCGCCCCGCCUCAAGGCGAGGAGGCCGGUGCGGGCGAGGUCGCCGCGGCUGGCGGCGGCGAGGCAGCGGGGCCGGCCGCGGCGGAGCCCGCCGCCGAGGGGCAGUGA